UCCCCCCCCACUCUAUUAUGUAACGGCGCUGAGGCGACGCCGCGCUCCCAUUGGCUGAGCCGCCCGCGAGCCGAGCCGGAGCCGCCAGCCAUUGGCUGAGCGGGAGGUGGGCGGUGCUGAGGUCCGUCUCGUCGUGCCGGUGGGACCGGGCCGCGAGUGGGAGCUCAACGAUCGCUCCCGUAGCGUUACCCGGCCCGGCCCGGCUCCACCGAGACUUUCUCCGCUCCCCGCCACGCCCGGCGCUGUGUCCGCCGCCCGGCAGGGGGCGCUGUGUCGCGCCGCACCGCCGCCUCGCCACAUGGAGGGGCGUGGCCACGGCCCCACCCUCCCAACCAAUCGCCGCGGGGCAGCGUCCGCAUUGGGCACGGCGUGCUGCAGUGCGAGCCAAUCAGGGAGAAGAGGCGUGACUGCUAGAGGCGGCUCCGCCCACUACCAGGAGUGCGACAGCCAAUAGGAGCGCAGGGGGCGGGGCGACGGCAGAGGCACGUGCGGCCGCGCACGUGUACGCGUGGGGCAGCCGCAGCCGGGGCGGAACCGGCGCCGGUGCCGGGACAGCGCUACCGGGAGCGGGACGGGGACGGCGGGACGGGGAGAGUGGCACCGCGCGGGCACGGCCCCGCCGCAGCGGCUGCCGCCGGCAGGUGACUCCAACCCCAGGAGCUGCGUUUUGGGGCCCCCAUGGAGCCCUCACGGCACUCCCCCAGUUCUGGUGAUGGCAUCGGGACUGAGACCCCCCCCAGAGCCCCCCCAGGGCCCCCCAGGUCUGAGCGGGGCCGCAAGAGGAGGGCGGGGGGGGACCCGGAGCUGCCCCUGGUGCCGCGCGGUGCGAAGCGGCCGAGGGAUGGGGACGGGGGUCCCCGGCACAGCACCACCCCCCCCAGCGACGGCGACCGCCUCUUUGCCCAAAAAUGCCGGGAGCUGCGGGGCUUCAUCCGCCCCCUGACGGAGCUGCUCAAUGGGCUGCGCAUGGGGCGCUACGACAAAGGGCUCAGCAGCUUCCAGCAGAGCGUGGCCAUGGACAGGAUCCAGCGGAUCAUCGGCGUCCUGCAGAAACCCGAAAUGGGCGCGCGCUACCUGGGGACCCUGCUGCAGGUGGAGGUGAUGCUCAAGGUGUGGUUCCCCCACGUCGCCCCCAAAUCCAGUCCUGAGCCCGACCCCGUCGGGGUCCUCCUGCUCCUCCGCGACCGCCGCAGCGCACACGGGGACGGCACCACAUCGGGGACAUCGGGGGGGACAUCGGGGACUGCAUCAGGGGUGACAUCAGAGAUGACACCAACAGGGACAACACACCCCAAGUGCCCCCUCCCCGCCCGGACUGGGGCCCCCACGCCCCCCGCAGCGCCAGACGUGUGACAGUCCCCAGCACCGGAUUCCUUCUUGGUUUUGGGGUUUAUUUUUUUGCCUUUUUCUGUUUGUUUUUUUUUUUUAAUUGUUUGUUUGGGUUUCUUUUUUAAUUAUUGUUUUGAAAGCGGGGGCAGGAGGCAGCGCCCCAUCCCUGGACUGUGAGGACGACCUUGAACGAAGUGGAUUUUUUGGGUCCCUGCCCCAACCCCACAGACACGCAGCAGGGCCACCCCCCCAACCC